AUGAAGUUUCUUGCUGUUUGCCUUGUGUUCUUUGCUGCUUCCAUGGCAUCUCAGAAUGAGUAUACACCCUUCUGCACGGUUCUUUUCCAUCAGCAACCCCAUUGCUGCAAGGGUGAUUCGUAUGAAUUUUUGUCCGGCUCGUCAUGCUCAAAGCCCCGACAGAAACCUACGAGUCUUGAAAACUUCAAGAACCUUUGCAAUGAGGAGGGCCGUGUUCCCAAAUGUUGUGGUCUUUCUAUUGUGAGCUACGCCAGGACGAAGACAUGA